AUGGAGACCAAGAAUUUUUUGCGGAUGAAGGAAGGUGAUGGAGAAUUCAGCUAUGCUCAAAACUCUACCCUUCAAGGAAGAAUACUAGAUCAAGUCUCAAAACCACUAAUAAAAUAUGCAAUUAGAUCAUUAUUAUCAAAUGAUAAUAAUACACAUUUUCUUGAGAUCUUCAAUGUGGCAGAUUUGGGUUGUGGAGUGGGUUCUUCACCAAUUUCUUUCAUAUCAUAUGUUAUUGAUACUAUAAAUGAGAUUUAUAAGGAUUUGAAAUUGGACAAUAGUCAAGUACCAAAAAUAAAUAUGUGGAUGAAUGAUCUUCCAUCAAAUGAUUUCAAGUUAUUGUUUCAAAACUUAAAGAAACUUGAAGAAUCAAAAGGAGAUGAUUGUAUAACUUCAUGUUUGUUCAUGGGUGUAUAUGGGUCAUUUUACAAUAGAUUAUUUCCUCAAAAUUUUUUGCACUUAGUUCACUCUAAUUAUGCCCUUCAUUGGCUCUCUCGGGUACCUCCUAGUAUUUACAAUGAAUCGAGAAGAUCCAAGAACAAUGGGAAAAUGAUAGUGUGUGAGACAAGUCCAAGAGAAGUGGUUAAAGCUUAUCGAGCUCAAUUUCAUAAAGAUUUUAGUCAAUUUCUCGAAUGUCGUUCUUGUGAAAUUGUAUCGAAUGGUUAUAUGGUGCUAACUAUUGUGGGUAGUCCUUCUAUGGUUCCUCACCAUCCUUGCUCAGCUAGACUUCUAUGUAAAGUCAUGGAUAAUCUUGUUUCAAAGAGAUUGAUAAAGGAAGAGAAAGCAAAGUCAUUUGAUCUACCAUUACAUUAUCCAUCCAAAGAAGAAAUUGAAAGUACAAUUAAAAAGGAAGGAUCUUUUACAAUUGAGAAAUUGGAAACAUUAUAUGAUUGUUUUGCUAAAGAAAUUAAUGACAUUGAGGCAAAGGCUAUUUCCUCGGCAAAUAGUAUUAGGGCAUCUAUUGAAGUUUUGGUUUGUUAUCAUUUUGGAGAGCAUAUUUGUGAUCUUUUCUUUGAUGAGCUUGUUCGAGUUACUAUACAACACUUUUAUAAUGAACCAAACGCAUCGGUUGAACUCUUUAACAUUGUGGUUAUGCUUAGAAGGAAGAUAGAUUAAAGCAAGGGAAUCGAGGUUGACUGUCAAGAAAUCAACUUAACUAAAAGUUUAAGUUGAUGAUCGAUGUUACUUUUGUUAGGGUUUG